GGCUCGGUGGCUCCUGGUGACAGCAGAGCUAGUGGUGGCACAAGGAUGCCAGCAGGGAUGUCCCCACAGAGACAGCGGGACAGCCCCAAGCUACCUGCACACCUUGCUGCCAGCGCAAGACAUGGCCCACCCUUGGGCCUCUGCAAGCUCCUGCUCCCCCAGCCCGGCAGCCAUGUCCCUCCUGGCUCUGGCAGGGCUGUGACCACGCCAGUGUCACCACCAGAGCCCAAACCCCCUCCCCAGGGCAGGUUUUGCCCAGUAAGGCCCUCUGGGCUGCCCGGUCCAGGGGGGACCCACCACCAUCCACAGCCGUAGCUGCAGGUGGAGCCAGCACCCGGGGAGGCGGCGGGUGGCCGAGUCCCAGACCACGCUGGCCCCCUGCCCUGCCUGCGCCGAGGCUCCCUGGCACCUCAGGGACGGGACACACCUCCGGCAGAGUGGAGCCGGGGGCUGGGGCUUUCCUUUUUUAGCUCCCCAGCUCGCCAGUGACAGUCACACUGCAGGACGGCGGCCGGCAGCCCCUCCGCGGCGAUGGAGUGGGCUCCAAACCUGCUUCUCCUCUGCAUCUUCACCUUUGCCAUGAUCCUGGUCCCUGAAGCAAAGGACCAAAGCAAGGCAGCAAAGGGCAGGAGAAGGGGCCUGGCACGGCCCCCCACGGCCCCCCCUGCCCUCACCUGGGCCCUGGAUGAUCCCUAUACCACCAUGGCUGACUACGAGCGCAGCAUCCAGGACAUGGUGCGCCAGCUGAGGAACAGCUCUGAGCCAGGUGACACCAAGUGCCAGAUCAACUUGAGGCUCUGGAGGUCCAACCGAAGGAGCCUGUCCCCCUGGGCCUACAGCAUAAACCAUGAUGCAACGCGGAUCCCAGCAGACAUCCCCGAGGCCCGAUGCCUCUGCACUGGCUGCAUCAACCCCUUCACGAUGCAGGAGGACCGCACCAUGGCCAGCAUUCCCAUCUACAGCCGGCUGCCUGUCCGCCGGCUGCUCUGCCAGGUGCCGGGUGAGGUUGGGCACAAGCCCUCUGGGAAGAAGUGUCACAAGAAGUACCAGAUGGUCAUGGAGACCAUUGCUGUGGGCUGCACCUGCAUCUUCUGAGGUUGCAAAGCUAACCCCUGCAGCUAUCCGUGGGCAUCUAACCAGCUUGCUCUUGCUUCCUGACCUUGCCCAGCCCUCUGGGAGAAAGUCACCUGGCUGAGCAUCAGGGUGAGAACCCCUAUGCAAGGCGACGGCAGCUCCAAGAGCUCCCCAAAAUUCCCCUGCAGACUCCAUCAGCCUCAGCCCAAGCAGCCACUUUGGGGACACCCAGCAUGGGGACAGCCCCUGCAAGUCACCCAGCUAGGCAGUCCCAUGGCUGGCCUCGCAGCGAGACACUGCCCUGAGCCCCCU